AGCGGUUUCAAAGUGGGUCCCGCUCGGCUCAGUGCCAGCUCAGACACCUGCCGCGAUGGUCAACUACAAGAGAAUCGUGUGCGAAGUCGCCGUACUUUUCACGCUAUUGGGUCUUGUUGCUGCCGCCCCUACUCCCGAAUGUGAUAGAUCUGAAAAGCACUUCGAUCAACGUCAAAAUGGUACCGAGAACUAUAGGCUCAAUAUUGACGGAGUCGUGAUUGCUGUGGCCCCGGCCGAAUCGUUGCUAGCUGCUGCCUCUGACAUUGAUCUAAGCGACCUUCUUGAUAUAGAGGACUUCAAUGAACUACAGAAGCCGAAACCGCCCAGCAAGCCAAUGAAGCCAAAGCCCGAUGAUGAUAAACCACAGGACUUAAAACCAGAUGCGCUCAACGAAGUUAAUGAUGUCAAGCUGCAAAAGAAGGAUGCUUCUCAGCGGAACAAGGAGAAAACUCAGAGAUUGAAAUAUCGCCUGGCGAAUAUGCUGUUGCCCUUGCUACGUAAAAAUCGUCAUCAUUGACUUUAGUACUACGCUUUUAGCCAUGAUUGUCGCCUGAUUAGUGAUAUGAUUAAUUGCAUUUAUUAGUUAUAAGAUAUUAUUUGUUAAGUGUGUACUUGUACAUCGACUGUUUUGUUAAAAUAAAAAAUGAAUUCUUAUUGAAAAAUCCCAAAA